AUGGCGCAUGCGAUUUUGGGGUACCAGCUCCCUCUUCGUGCUGGCGGAGGCGGCCAGCCUUCAGAGGCCGCGACAGAUUUCUCCCUGGAGCCUUUCGCAGAGUCCGUCCUUUCGCAUCUCGUCUCAGCGAGGAAAGAGAUCUCGUCACAAGAUGGGAAAAUGUUCGCUGAUGAGAAGUCGUUCUUGACGUACAUGGCUUCCGACCAGUCGAACGCAAUGUCGACACCCAUGGGCAACGACCUGAGCUACCCCAUGUCCUCUUACUUCAUAAGCUCCAGUCAUAAUACAUAUCUUUCUGGCCAUCAGCUCUAUGGCGAUGCCUCUGUGUAUGCCUAUACCAACGUUCUCAGGCGCGGGUGUAGGUGUUUGGAAAUAGACGUAUGGGAUGGUGAAAGCGACCCUGAAUCCAGCACCUCGGACGACGAGGAGGACAAGUCUGAUAAGUCUGACCCGAAGCCAUCGCGCUGGAAUAGAGUCAAAGCUCGAGCAGCGCGCAUGCGCUCAAGCUCGCGGUCAGAAUCCCUUGCGGCCACCACCAGCAAUACCAUGUCCGACAAGUCGUCUGUUCCGCCGGCUUCUCAACCCCAAAACACGCUACAGCGAGAGUCGUUUGCCUAUGACCCCAACCAUCUUUCACCACAGCCUUCACCCUCAAUUCUUCCCAAGGGUGAGCCGCGAGUACUUCAUGGUUAUACACUGACUCAACCCAUCACCUUUCGCUCUGUCUGCCAUGCUAUCAGGGAUUCGGCUUUUUUGAGCACAGAACUGCCAUUGAUCGUAUCCCUAGAAGUGCACGCCUCCCUUUCCCAACAAGAGGUCAUGGUCGAGAUCAUGCGCGAUGUUUGGUCCGAGUUCCUAGUAUGUCUGCCCAAAGGCACAGACAUUUCGGCGCUUCCUUCUCCAAAGUCACUCAUGCGAAAGAUUUUGAUCAAAGUUAAGUGGGUCCCGAAUACAGAAACCGGAGAAUCCAAUGACCCAAUUGAGCAUGUGAGCUCAAAUUCCACGGAUGGAGCGGGAAGCGAUGCAAUAUCCAGUUCCCCAGAGAAACGGAAAAAGGCCUCGAAAGUGCUGGCUGCCCUUUCAGAAUUGGGGAUCUAUACUCGGGCCUAUACGUUUAGGCAUUUCUCACAGCCUGAAGCCACUAUCCCAACACACGUCUUCAGUUUGUCGGAGAAGAAAGUUCGCAAUAUGCAAGACGACCCGUCGCAUGGUCCUGCCUUGUUUAAGCACAACAGAAAUUUCCUCAUGCGCGUGUUUCCCAGAGGCACGAGAAUCAACAGCUCAAAUGUUGAUCCGGUCUUCCAUUGGAGACAGGGUGCCCAAAUGGUAGCUUUGAAUUGGCAGAAACUGGACAAGGGAAUGAUGCUCAACGAGGGAAUGUUCACGGGAACAGGUGGUUGGAUGCUCAAGCCAGAGGGCUAUCGCAGCACCGCAAUCCAUGGACGCGCAAACUCGCAAAGAGAAAUUGAACCGCAAAGGCAGCCUCUAGAUCUGGAAAUUCGACUUCUCGCAGCGCAACGGCUCCCCAUCCCUACCGAUAAGGAUAUCUCGCACGCCUCCAAAAUGAGACCAUAUGUCAAAAUGCAAUUACACGUCGAUUCUCUUUGCUCUCCUGACUAUGGUAAAGGUUCGGACCGGUUCGGCGACGCCAAAAAGGAAACCGAUCCACAUGGCGGUGAAGAAAUCAACCCCAGCCUCUUUAAACGUAGAUCCGCCAGCGCCCGCACCGAUUGUCCCGAUUUCAAGGGUGAGGUAAUGAGCUGGCUGAAUAUGUCAGACGUCCUCCAAGAAUUGAGCUUCAUUCGCACGGGCGUCAUCAUCAUGCCACUGUUUCCAGCGUUCAAGCGACAGAAGCUCGCCUGA